AAAACCACACUAUCAACAGUGUUUACAUGGGACCUAGUCCAUGGAAAUCAACCCAGUUUCACUCUAAGGAGUGUUCUGGAGAUAUUUGGGAGUUUGCAAAUAAUACUUUGAGCUCAGCAGGAGGAAGUGUUGUCAGAUCCAGGAUGUCAUCCAGGCUGAAGCUGUUGGUUUUUAUUCUUUCUGUGGCUGCCUAUGGACUGCUUUUGAUGGUGGUUUUCACUGAUCAGUUUAACCUUCAAGGCCAAACCUCGUGUGCUUGCAAAAAGUGUUUAUCUGAUGAUAAUCUGUUACUUAGUCAUCUGAACCGUUCUGAUGAACUUUUUUUGUCUGCAAAAACCAACAUUUCUGAGGAAGCUUUCAAUUGGUGGAAAGGUUUACAAUGUGAAAAGCAGGACUACAGGUUCUUCAAAAAAACAGUGAACAAGCUCUUUGAGAUAUUCCCCCCAAGUCCAAAUCUUCAAAAACCAAGCCCUGACAGCUGCAGGACUUGUGCAGUUGUUGGAAAUUCUGUAAAUCUGAAAAGAUCACAUUAUGGACCUCUGAUAGAUUACCAAGAUAUCGUUAUAAGAAUGAACUCUGCUACAACCAAAGGCUAUGAAGAAGACAUCGGGACCAAAACAACUCAUCAUGUCAUGUAUCCAGAAAGUGCCGUGGAUUUACAGAACUCCACCCAUCUUGUGCUGUUUCCAUUCAAAAUUAUGGACCUUCAAUGGCUUAUUAAGGCUUUUACAACAAGAUUCUAUGGAAAGUCCUACGCACCAAUAAAGACCAAUAUUAGAGCCAACAAAGAUUUGGUGAUGGUGGUCAACCCAGCUUUUAUGAAAUAUUCUCAUGAGACCUGGCUGGAAAAAAAAGGAGCGUAUCCAUCCACUGGCUUUAUGACUUUAAUUUUCGCACUGCACAUUUGUGAUGAGGUCCAUGUGUUUGGCUUUGGAGCAGACAGUGAUGGAAACUGGAGCCAUUACUUCGAAGAGUUGAAAGACAAAAAUCUCAAAACUGGACAGCACCCUGGACAUCUUGAAUAUGACAUUAUACAGCAGCUAGCUAAGGAGAAAACAAUAAACUUUUACAAAGGGUCAUAAACUAAGAAACUUUGUGGGAUUGCCUGGACUAGUGUGCAUUUGUUGUCUCUAUUAAACCCUUUAUUUUUGCUUUCUACUGAACAAAAGUCCAGCUAACUGUAUAUUAAUAAUGACAUGAUGGUCAAGUCUAAUCUCUUAAACUGGCUUUUGGAGCAGUUGACUUAAUUUUCCCAAAGUCACAAACAAAGAAGGUACGCCAUAUUUUAAAAUUAUUAUUACAUAGACAUAUUUUUAUUAUUUAUAUUUUUGUUGUUUUGUGUAAUCUGCUUUUUCAUGAAAUUUUAUUGUAUCUUUAUAUUUAUUGGUAUUAUUUUGUGUUUUAUACUCUGAAUCCUGGA